GGAAGUGAAAGAACGUUCACUUGUCAGUGAAGACUGGCCACAGGAGCAGUGAAAAGGCAAAAGCCCCCACACAGGAAGAUAACUAGAGAGAGAGAGAGAGAAAGAAACUGAUCAGAUCGAUAUUGAUAUUGAUAUUGCUCUUGUUCUUGCUGCAUCUUCUGUACAAUAUAUCUCAGUCAGCUCAUCUUCUUGAACCGAAUAUUUAUAUAUAUUCGAUUUUAAUCUGUUAAUUCAACAACUCUGUUCAAGCAACAACCAAUUCAGCAUUCAUAGCUCAAAAUAUGCACCAAGGCUCCCUUCAAUUUCAUCCUAGAUUACUCCAGGGAAUUAUGUGCUUGGGAAGUAUCCAGUGCCAAUUCAGGGAGAGUUAUAUGGAGGUUGAAAAGAAUUAGCAUCCUUGAUCUCCAAUGGACAAAUAUAUGGCUUCUGCUACUUUAGGAAAUGGUGGAGCUGGUAGUUCUAGGACCGCUAACGGCUUGAAAGGGUCAUCCAGUUCUGUUGACUGGCUUGGAAGAGAGAUGCAUGAAAUGAAAUUAAGGGACAAAGUAGACCAAGAGGAUGAUGAUAAGGAUAGUGAGCCUGAUAUAAUCGAUGGGGUGGGUGCUGAAGCAGGACAUGUUAUAAGGACAACAAUGGGUGGCCAUACUGGACAGGCUGUCAGUUUUAUUGCAGAACAUGUGGUUGGCACUGGUUCUUUUGGCACAGUUUUCCAAGCAAAAUGUAGAGAGACUGGAGAGAUUGUUGCUAUCAAGAAAGUUCUCCAAGACAAACGCUAUAAGAAUAGAGAAUUACAAUUAAUGCAAAUGCUGGACCAUCCUAAUAUUGUUGCUCUUAAGCAUUGUUUCUUUUCAACAACUGAUAAAGAAGAGCUUUACCUCAAUCUUGUGCUUGAAUAUGUUCCUGAAACUGUUAGCCGUGUUGCAAGGCAGUACAGCAGGAUGCAUCAGCGGAUGCCGUUGAUAUAUGUCAAACUAUAUACCUAUCAGAUAUGCAGAGCACUUGCUUAUAUCCAUAAUUGCAUUGGAAUUUGUCACCGAGACAUUAAACCCCAGAAUUUACUUGUGAAUCCACAUACACACCAGCUGAAAAUUUGUGAUUUUGGAAGUGCAAAAGUUCUGGUUAAAGGAGAACCCAAUGUUUCCUAUAUAUGUUCAAGGUACUACAGAGCACCAGAACUCAUUUUUGGUGCUACUGAGUAUACAACGGCUAUAGAUAUAUGGUCUACAGGCUGUGUGAUGGCUGAACUAAUUCUUGGUCAGCCUUUAUUUCCUGGAGAAAGUGGAGUAGAUCAACUAGUUGAGAUAAUCAAGGUCUUGGGAACACCCACUAGAGAAGAGAUAAAAUGCAUGAACCCAAAUUAUACAGAGUUCAAGUUUCCACAGAUCAAGGCUCACCCGUGGCACAAGGUUUUUCAAAAGCGCUUACCUCCAGAGGCUGUGGAUCUAGUCUGCAGGUUUUUCCAGUAUUCACCGAAUUUAAGAUGUACUGCUCUUGAAGCUUGUGUCCAUCCUUUCUUUGAUGAACUCAGAGAUCCCAAUACUCGCCUUCCUAACGGCAGGCCCCUUCCUCCUCUCUUUAAUUUUAAAUCACAAGAGCUUUCAGGGAUUCCACCCGAUAUCCUGAACCGACUGAUUCCAGAACAUGCGAGGAAGCAGAAUUUAUUUAUGGCUCUGCACACCUGAAUACCUAUUUGGUACUUCUUCUAUUGUGCUUGUCUUGUGGCAGUUUGAUUCCCUGUGGCUGUAAAGUUCUUGUCUAUUAUUAAUAUCCCUUAUCGUCGUUAUCUUUUUCCGAAACUCCUAAGAAAUUUCAAAAUCACACUUGGUUAGUUUGGAGUUUAUGAGGGUUUGAUGAGUACCAUAUUGAAUGCAUAUUCUCUUGAAUUUUCCCAAUUACACAAAAUGGUUCAUGUUAAUAGUGUAUAUUGAUGUUACUUUUAUGUCUCAUUUGGUUGCAAACUAAGAAUUGGGUU